AAUUUUCUGGAAAUUCAAUUAUUUUGUCUAAUAGAAAUUAGACAAAAAUAAAUUAUUAUUAUUAUUAUUAAUAAAAGAGUAAUUUAUUUAUUGUAAGUUUUAUGUCAUAUGAUCAGAGAGGAUAAUUUCAACAUAACAUAAAAGUCGAUUUGUGUGUUUUCUACUUGCUCUGUUCGUUACACGUCGAAAAGAUUACAUAGCGUUGUCUCAGUUGCGUAUCUUUAUUUCUCACUCUGGCGCAAUAUGGUGGUCGGGGGUGUUGCCAGCCAUGGCCUCUGCGUGUGUCAGUGCAAUUCCCACAACCGUCAACGUCGACCGCAUCGUGAUCACGUACGUCGAAUGUGACCACCCGUCUCACGUGUGUGAUCUCUUUGGUGAGUGGGGGCGCCGCGAUCGGGCAUUAAGUAGAGGUCUUUAACGUUUCUGCCCUUACGGCACUUCCGUAUUUUUUACAGGAUAUUUCAAGUGUGUCAAUUUACGCCAUGUUGCGGAGUAAGUGAAGUCAUUUUUUGGUCGAUGGGGCCACUGGGAGCGCCAAGAUGGCGCCAACGCCGUGACUGCGGUGUACGCCGCCGGCUCCAGUGGCGCUCGCGGCGGACGAUACAGUGUGACUGACGUGCAUUGAGUGACGAUUGUAAACAGUGUGUGAUUGUGCGGAUCCCCACUAGAGCAUGCCCCAUACCAGCGGGGCCCAUCCGGCGUCCACGGGAGACGAUUUGGGCAGCACGGACGAGGUGAAAAUAUUUAAAGACGAGGGUGAUCGUGAAGAUGAGAAAAACUCAUCCGAAAAUUUGCUGGAAGAAAAGUCAAGUCUUAUUGACUUGACGGAGAGUGAAGAGAAAAGUGCCAAAAAUUCCAGGACGGACCACAAUCCAGUUUUUGGAAAAGUCGAGCCACAUGCUUCAACAUUUAAUAUGGGAUACCUAGUGUCACCGUACUCAUAUACAAAUGGAGGUACUGGUGGCCUUCCUGUUUCAAUGGCUAACAAAAUGGGACUUCCGCCGUUUUUCUGUCACAACGGCGACCACCUAACGACGCCCCCGCCGGCUCAUUGCGGCAUUCCACCAUAUCAGCUCGAUCCUAAGGCAAUAGGAUUAACACGACCAGCAAUCUACUCAUUUCCGACUAGUCAGUACGCAUACCCUAUGCUAAGUCCAGACAUGUCACAGGUUGCCUCGUGGCACACACCGUCAGUAUAUUCAGCCGCAUCGGGCUUCCGGACACCUUAUCCCUCGUCUCUACCUAUUAAUACCUCGCUAUCUGGUGACUUUAGCUUCAGAUUCUCGCCUACGAGUUUAAUCCCGGCCGUUCAUACGCCGACUCAUCACGUUUUAAACUCUCAUGCGGCCAUAGUGACACCUGGUCCUAAGCAAGAAGUUUCACAGGACGCCAACCACCGAUAUAGGUCAGUGGAUCAGAAAAAUAUAGGUAGUAGCGGAAGCUCAAUAAGUGGCGCCACCGGCGGUGGCGCCACAGCCAUACCGGAUGGAAAGGAUGCUAAUGAAAAAAAGAAGCCUCACAUCAAGAAACCUCUCAACGCUUUUAUGCUAUACAUGAAAGAGAUGCGUGCCAAAGUAGUGGCCGAAUGUACACUGAAAGAAUCGGCUGCCAUCAAUCAAAUUCUCGGUCGAAGGUGGCAUGCACUCGGACGGGACGAGCAGGCGAAAUAUUAUGAGCUAGCGCGACGUGAGCGUCAGUUGCACAUGCAAAUGUAUCCAGACUGGAGUUCACGUACCAAUUCGUCGCGUGGCAAGAAGAGGAAGCGCAAAGAUGCCACUGACGGAGGUAACAACAUGAAGAAGUGUCGUGCUCGAUUCGGACUAGAUCAACAGAAUCAGUGGUGCAAACCUUGCAGGCGAAAGAAAAAGUGCAUAAAGUACAUGGAGUCGGAGGGUGAGGAGGGUGGUGAGACGGAAAACCUCAUAUCAGACGACAACUUGGGAAGCUGUGGCAGUGUAGAGGAUGCCAAGACUCCGGAUGACGACACAGAGUCAAUGUCAUCGCCGAGCUGCCUCUCUGCCUUGUCAAGUCUGCAAUCACCGACCGCGAGUGUGGCCUCACCGCUUACGCUGAUAGCAAGUCCUGGUACUCGGUCGCCACGCCACGAAGAGGCGGCGGCUGUACGAAGCCCGGUAGGAGCUAAUCCGCGCGAUGUAAACAACCCACUGAGCGUGAAUCAGCUCACGAAGCGAGAUUACAAAUAUGAUUACACGCCAUAUCACACGUAUAGUGGAGCAGCUAUUGCAGCACCGCAGUUUACAGCUAUGUUGGCAGGAGGCGCGCAAGAACCUCAUCUUCGCGACGACGACGGUGCCAUCAGUGUCACAUAACACAGGGACAAAACUUAUUAAAAAGGGGGACAUUAAAUAUAUUUACCCCCUCAAACCGCGCCUCUUGUCUAGUUGCAAUAUCACCAGGAAUGAUAAUAUUACAGGCGAUUUGUCAAUAGUUCGAAUUUCUAUUAGCAAUAAUUUGGUUUCAAAGUUAAUUGGUAUUCUGACUUUAUUACCUGCACCUUGGACAUCAAUUCCUAGCCAUUUCAGAAAUUUGUAUUAUAACAAAUCCAGUAUCGAACACUAUCAUAUAGUGACUGCAUAAUGAUUAUCCAAUUAACUCUUUUCAGACAAAAGUUAUCGAAAUUUUAAAAACGUCACAAACUCACGAUCCACAGUAAAAAAUAUUCAAUAGCAAUUUCAAAGAAAAACCAAACAAGAAAUUAGUAAAAUUCUUUUAUCUGCAGAACAAACAAACUACACUUUUUGUACGUCAAAGAUUUUGUUUAUCUGGUUCUACCUUUCAUAUUUCGAGUUGUUCAUUAAAUUAUAUUAUAUCACAUUUUUUGUUUUAAAUUGCAUAGUGCAAUUAUAGUUACUAUGUGAUACGAUAUAGUAUGUGGAUGAACACACACUUUGCGAAUGUUUAUGGUGAAGCUGAAAUUUACUGUAGGUUAAAUUAUUUUGUAGCCAGCAUGGUACGUGCCAAUUUCGAAUAGAAGUAAAAGUCAAAAUGUGUCUAAACAUUGAACAAUCUAUACUUUAGUUCUACUGUGUAUCAACAGAACAAUAUAAUCCAAUUUUGGAAACGAUUCUAGAUGUACCAUUGAAUUUUUUCUUAGAAAUUUAAUCAAAAUAGCUUGAUUUUAGAACUAAAUUUUAAACUUAAGCAGCCCUGUAGCGUAAAUGGGUCUCACAGCGAAAAAUGACGUUCGUGUGUAUUUAGGAUUUUGAACAAUAACACUCGUGGCCGAGAAAGACCAUUCGCGAAAGGAAACACUUAUUUGGACAUGUCUCAAUAAGCCAAUAUCCAUCGUAUACAUUCACAUUGGCAAGUGCAUUCGCAUGCACUUGCCUGCGAUUUUUUCGGACUUGAAAAGUAUAUUACACACUCUGUUUCUCGAUUUGCGCACACAUUAACACUCACAGAAACUCACUGUGGAGUUGCUACGAUACCCAGUUUGAGCUAACCACGGCGCGAUCGCGAGAAUCGAUUCAAAAUAGACGCAUAACUGUAUAACAAGCAUUUUGGCGUAGAUUCAUCGAGCACGUUGAACUUGUGAGUUCUGUGACUAAAUAAACAAAGUUAUAUCGGUUUAUUUUUCAAAUGAAAAUAUUGUUACAUUUAUAUUUCAUUUAAUUUCGCAAUUGUCACAUUACAAGUUGGUCGCGUGGAUAAAUACACGCACUUUUUUGCGUUUAUUAAAUUCAUUAUAUCUUUUCAUCUUACUUUCUCUAGCAAGCUGUCGGACCCAUAUAAGUUAAAUAAUGAAAUUUGAAUUAAGUAAUACAAUAAUCCUAUGCUACUUCUCGCAUUUUACUGACUAUAUUUUUAAAACAAAGGUUAAACUUUUGUUUGUGGCGAAAAUUUUCAUGUGCACAUUUUAUUUACUCAAUUUACAUCUUGGUGGUAUAAUUUUUUCGAAAUUGUUAUAAGAUUAAAGUAUUCUGAAGCUGAUUUAUUUAUAAAACUCUCUCGGGAUUUAGAAAGAGCCACUGGUUUAUUCCAAGUAUUAUUUUAAAUGGAAUAGUCAAAAUAAUCUUUUAUUGACAAAUCAUGUCCGUCUGUGUCUGUUUAUUUGCAAUAAUUUACUUAGAAAAUUUUAAAAAUCAGAUGUGUUUAACUUUAAUUAGAGAAUUCAAGCAUAAACUUAUUUAGGUACAUAAUUCAAUUUUCUUGCUCAAAUUGCUAGAGCUUGCGGCGCUGUGAAUAAUGAUAACAUAUUUCAUUGUGUUGCUCUGUGUUUCUUAACACAUUAUUGCCAUUCGAUUUUUAACGAUUUUCGAGUCCACAAAUAGAGAUCAAUAUUUUAGGUCAUGUUGGGUAAUGUGUAUGCAUGUGUAUACACAUUUGUAAUUCUGUGAAGAUAGAUCUUUUCCAAUGAAUUCAACGUAAUAAUCUUCCUAUUUUUUGUUCCUUUCUUUUAUAUAGUUGAUUAUAGUCGAGUUAAAAAUUUAAUUUUUUUAGUCUUGGAAAACGCUAUUUUUUAACUAGUGAUUUAAAUUGUUUUUGAAUACGUAAACCUAAAGUAUCACUGAUGUAGAGGCGAAGGAAAAUUAGUUCGUAUGUAUUUAAUGCUUUGUCUAAUCUAGAAACUGGAAAUAUUUAAUGAAAAUAUAUCCAAUAGCUUAAAAAGCUACAGUGGUUAGGAAUUGGGAGAUCUCUGCUAUUCUGGAUUGAAGAAUAUGAGCCAAGGGGUGGCUAAUGUUGGAGAUGCAGUGUCAUUUGGUCGAAGAUGCACGGAGAUGCAGAGAUGCUGUGGCACUCAAAACCCACAUUAGCCACCCCUUGAGAUGAGCGCUUAAGUAAUAAUAUACAUAUUAUGGAGUCGACUGUUUGAAUCCGGAUCACUACCUGAUCCGGAUCGGACUUUCAUUUUACGUUUGAAGAACAAAUUUAGUUCUCUAAAUUGAAGAUUUAAUUCACAAUUGAUAAAAAAGUAUCACUUUUUAAGUACCAAUUCAGACUCUCCAGGUUUGAGACAGGGCCAGACAAAUAGUUGUAUAGUUUUUUUUUUCAACUAUUCAGUCACCAGUCCAGGGUAAGGGGAAAAAGCUUAAGAUUAGAUUUCCAUAAAAAAAAUAUAAUUCCAUUUUGGAAACGUCUCGAACUAGGCUAACAUUCGUUUUAAAAUAGCGUGACUAUCAAACAAAGGCUGUUAUUCAAAAAUUUGAAUAUACAUUGAUAUUACUGCCUUUAGCGUUGGUCAUAUAAACUUUUGUUCUAAAUAAUUGUAGACUUUUGUGUAACUUUUAAAAUGAGGAUACAAAUAUUAAGAUCCGACAUAUAGAAUCAAAACCAUAAAGUAAAUUAAAUUGAAAUUGUAUGCUCCUUAAAUUCAGUUUCUGCUGCAUCAGUGAGAAGUUAUAACCUAAAUAUUUCAAAUAGUUUUGAUCUGGAACGAAAUUGUACAAAUAUCACGUUAUUAUAAAAUGACUCCCUAUUUUCUGAAACACCUUAAAUGUUUUAACUUUUGCAUGGAGAAAUAAAAUGUAUUAUUUCAUUUUCAAAUUGGAAUUUACAUCACAGCUGAUAUCUGCUAUCUUGUAAAAAAUCGAAUUUUGAUAAAUUAACUAAAAUGACCUCAGAGAGGUUAAAUAUGACGAUAUAAAGUGAAAAACAGGGAGUCACUUUUUCGUAUCUGUCGAUCGGUUCGCUCGUCCGUCGUAACAAAUGGGUUUGUGGUGUCUAAACGGUAAGAGAUAUCGACAUGCGGUUAGCACCAGAGGGUUAAAAUUAUGUAGAGUUAAUGAACAUAUUGAUGUCAAAUCCAAAUCCCAUUACUCUGUCUGCCAUUUUGAACACUUUGCUCAUUUGUUCAGUCGCUAUUGGCAGGGUUUAGGCCCAAAUUCUGGUAUAUUAUAGCGGAUCUCAAUACUUUUUCAACAAACCGUCACCUAAAAAUCCAGGUCAUUAUGGACCCUAGAUUUAAGGGUUUGAAUUUUAAAAAUUUAAGUGGUCACAGCUUCGCUUCUAAUUAACCGAUCGGACUGAUUCUGUAUUCAUUCCAAAAAAUCUCGUAAAAUGCCAUCUCUCACCAAAACAUCAUAACUUGGCAGGACCACCGCUAGAAGCGCUAAAAUUUCGAAUUUGAAGAAAUAGAGAUCAAGACAAUGCAUUUUUUAUUUCAGUAUGUUGUAGCUGAGGUCGAGACCUUCCCAACGAUACCUUAUUUGUGGAGCUUGAUGUUUUAACAGCCGAGAUAUGGGGGACUAAAGUUAAUACCUUUACCGGCCCAUAUCUCUGCUGCUUACCAACUGAUUUCGUUCAUCUCUUUACCAGAAGACGUAUCUCGACGCUCUUUAGUAGGUCGAAUUUAUUAUUAGUUUGUGAAAACAUAACAAAUAUUGCCACACUGAAUUAGCUUGAACGCCUAUCUCUCGACAAAUCUGUUAUGCAUUUUGAUAAGAUUUUAAUAUAUUGAAGUCCAGACCAGAAGUUCUCUAAAAAUAGGUCAUAACUCAUUACAGCUACAAUAGAUCCAGAGUUAUGGCGGUUCAAAUUCCCAGUUCUUAAUCCAGAUUGAGACUUUUUUAGUUUCUUCGUUUGAUAUAGUGAACGCCGAUUCUUGGAACGAAUGGAACGGAUUUAUUUGCAAAUUCUUUCUAUAGUAUUUUGUUGGUAAUAAUGCUUGGAGAUUUAUUUGUAUUUAUUCUUAUAAUGGUGCGCGAUUUUGAUGAUGUGAUAUAAAAAUAUUUUAGUAUUAUGUGGAAAAUUUUUUAAAGGAAGAUGGCAUAGAAUUUUGGCUCACAAGACAGCAAUGUAGCACAAUAUAAAUGUUGCGUUUCAUUAUAGGACAAAUUGCACGACUUUUUUUCUCAAUAUGAAAUUUAUUAAGAGAAACUUUGAUAUUCAUGAAAUCAAAUAGAAAUAUACAGUAUUAAACAUUUUAGAUAUUUAAUAACUCUAAUGAUUCUAAAUUAUUUAAAAUGGAUAAUAAUUUCUUGUUUGGUGACGUCUUGUACUAAUUUUAUUGAAAUUGUUGGUCAUUAAUUUUAGUGCAAAAUUCAUUGGGACCUAGACUUAUUUAUGACCCAUAAUAAAAACCGUACAGUAAAAUAUAGAGUAUUAUUCGACUUUUCCGAAUGAUAAGGGUAGAUGAGAGUCAUAAAAUUUUGACAUAUCAUAUGUUAUAAAUAAAUUAAGUUAGAAUAACCAUAAACUUGAAACCUGUAUUAAUCAGAUUGUGAGUUUCACUCCCUUUUGAUAUGGAAUCCCCGUUCCCAUACUAUAAUUCGUCUAUUUUUCAUGUUAAAAUGUUUGCAACUAGGCAUGACGCGCUGGGGGUGAGGUAGAUUCUGAGCAUUUUGAUCUCGUUUAUAUAUGACGCCUUGUCACAUAUUCGGAGUGCCACACGGAAAUAACAGUUGAGAUUUAUCCUGGCUGCCUAUAUGCUUUUAAGGGUCACACCGCCAUUCUGUGCAAUACUUUGAGGGAGGGAAGUGGCAAUACAGGCCUACGUGGCUGUUUGCCGCUAGAUGGCGGUAAAGCAGGCGACAGUAAAAUAAAUAAUAUGUAUAUAAGCUAAACCUAAAUUUAGUGUUUUUAGAGUACAAUAACUUUGUCUGGAACAUAAUAAUUGUAUAUCCUCUUUGCAAAAGGAUAAUCCUAAGGGUAGCUCAAGUAUAAAGGCAACAAACAAUAAUUACGAAGUUAUUUACCUGAAAAAAAACUUCCACGUUUUUAUAACAAUUAAAAUAUUAUUUGACCAACGUUAUACAAUGAGAAUCAUAAAUAUACCGAUUUUUAGAAAAUUGAAUCAAUUAUUAUCAAAAUAUUCUUAAACUCUAAAUAAUGGUAUACCACAGAAGAAUAUACAAGGUAGGCUCCCAUGUGAAAAAGGAUAAAUAAUAAUGUAUGUUUAGAUUAAACAUAUUGUAUUAUAAAAGCAUUAUCUAAGUUUAAAGUUGUCACACACACGCACGGAUGCAGAUACACAACAGUUAUGAGCGCAGUAACUGUAGCAAGAGAGAAAAUAUAUUAUAACGAGAAAAAUGAGAGAAAUUGAAUUACAUAUGUAGGAUGUAAGAGAUAUUUAGCAAAGAUGAAAUGCCCUGAAAUAAAGCAGAGAGAAUACAA